AUGAUGAUGAGAAAUCGUCGUCAUUCCUCUGUUUUGUUUGUGCUUAUUGCUCUCUUUUCGUCAAUAUUAUCAAGUAGACAAGAUCUAGAAAUCUCAGGCAACGUCACAAUUUCAUCUCCGGGCAACAUAUUCGAGCUUGGUUUCUUCAAAAUUUCGGCCGCAGAGACUGGAAAUGGAGAUCGCUGGUAUCUUGGGAUGUGGUACAAAGAUAUAUCGCCGAGGGAGUAUGUGUGGGUCGCAAACAGAAACCAGCCUUUGCUCAAUUCGAAUGGAGUUGUUAAAGUCUCCAACGCCAACCUCGUACUCCUCGAUCAGUCUGGAAGCGUCGUAUGGUCUUCUAAUGUGGAAGCAUCUUCUCCUCGAUAUCCUGUGAUGGCAGAGCUUCUCAGUAACGGGAAUCUGGUGUUGAGAUACAAGGAGAAGAAGAAGAAGAAGCGUGCUUCGUUACUGUGGCAGAGCUUUGAUUUCCCGACAGAUACUUUAAUCCCUGGAAUGAGGAUUGGUUUAGAUUCGAGAAAAGGCGUCAACAUAAGCCUCAGUUCCUGGAGAAGCACUUCUGAUCCUUCUGUCGGAAGAUUUUCGUAUAGAGUAGAGAUUCAGGGGAUCCCGGAGUUGUUUCUGUGGGACAGGGACGCAGAAACACCGAUUUACAGAAACACCCUCGGUGAUGUCCGAUUCAGUUUGACGAAUACAAGCUACGCAUUGCGAGAAGAUGAGAAGGGAUUGUUGCGGCUCAAACUGACGUCUGGUGGAAGAUUAGAGCGGUGGUCGUGGUCUCCAACGACGGGAGACUGGACCUUGUUAUGGGCAUUGCCCACCGACUUGUGUGAUCUUCUUGAGUGGGGUAAGUGUGGAGAUAACAGCUUCUGCCGCUUGGAGCAGGGCAUGGACAGUGAAGGCUGUGAGUGUUUCAAAGGCUUUCGGCAGGGGCGCUCAAGGUGCGUAAGAGAAACAGAUUUACCCUGUAAUGGAAACGGGUUUCAGAGGCUCGCGAAUGUGAAGCUGCCGGACACAAAAGAGGCGAUUCUGGCGAGGAGCAUUGACAGCAAAGAGUGUAGAAAGAGGUGCCUAAAAGAUUGUUACUGUACCGGAUAUGCUAAUAUGGUUGUGGAUGUGGGGAUUGGCGGCAUAGAUUGCUUGAUUUACAGAGGUAACCUAUUUGAUACACGCACGUUAACCGCGGAAGGAGGCCAGGAUUUAUACGUCAAAGUGCCACAUACUUACCUCGACAAGGGUGCAAGAAUAAACACAAAAAACAAACUUGUGAUCGUUUCUGGAGCCAUCCUUGUGGUUAGUUUGACUUUUGCCAUGUUCUGGUGGUGGUGCCGGAAAAGAAUACUGUCAGAUUUGCAAAUGGACGGAGGAGACACAACAAACUCAAACAAGGAUCCGGAACUUCCACAUAUGGACUUUGGAACUAUCUGUGAAGCAACCAACGACUUUUGUGACUCGAACAAGCUUGGUGAAGGUGGAUUUGGUAUAGUUUACAAGGGAAGGUUAGCUGAUGGGAACGAAAUUGCGGUGAAAAGACUAAUAAAGGUGUCUCUUGAAGGAGCCUCUCAGUUUAUGAACGAGGUGAGACUUAUCUCCAUGCUUCAGCACAUAAACCUAGUUCGUCUUCUUGGAUACUGUGUCCAGGGUGCAGACCAUCUGGUGGUAUACGAAUUCCUUCAAAAUCUGAGUCUUGACUUUUAUCUCUUCGGAGAUACCGAAAGAUCUAGGCUUACUUGGCCUGUACGGUAUAGUAUUAUUCACGGGAUCGCAAGAGGACUCACGUAUCUCCACCAGGAUUCGUGUUUCAGGAUAAUACACAGAGACUUGAAAGCGAGCAACAUCUUGCUUGAUAAAGAUAUGCUCCCCAAAAUCUCGGAUUUUGGGACGGCAAGGCUCGUUGGAAGAGACGAGACCCAAACUAGCACACGACAGAUAGCUGGAACUCGAGGAUACAUGUCUCCAGAAUAUCUCUAUGACGGUAUAUUCUCUGAUAAAUCGGAUGUUUAUAGUUUUGGCGUCCUGCUUCUUGAGUUAUUAAGUGGCAAGAGGAGCUAUAUGUUCAUCAACUCCUAUGGGGACACUAGUCUCCUCGCCUGGAUUUGGAGAAAAUUCGAAGAAGGGCGCUUGUUGGAGGUAAUCGAUCCAAUCAUUGUGGCCUCGUUGGCGUCACCAGCAACAGAGCAGAACCAGAUAAUCAGAUAUUUUCAUAUCUCUCUCCUGUGUGUUCAACGACGUGCGCAAGACAGACCAACAAUGUCCUCCGUUGUUGUCAUGUUAUCAAGUGGAGAAGCGGUUCCUCGGCCUAAUCCGCCCGGUUUCUGUGACCAUUUCGUUAGAUACUCUUCUUUCGAGAUUGGUUCUACGUCCACCGGACCGUCAGCCGACGACUCGGUCCUAGAAGGUCGAUAA